AUAGAUCGUUACACAAAAUAAACACUUCUCCUGAAUACCGAGUGACAAUUAAAAUGUGAACCGAAUCUAAUAUGUGACGCUAAGAGCUUGUCCAGUGUGAUUCUGUCAGUGUUGAUGCAGUAAAAAUGCCCUGUAAUGAAUUCCUGACAUGACAUUUUGUUCGUAAAACUUGCCUUAUGCCAAUUAUUACUGUGAUCACUUAGUCUGAAUGUUAUUUCCAGAUUGUCAUUGAAAGACAGUGAGAUAGGCAGACCCUCUCAGUAUAAGGAUGGGUGCUGAGAGCAGUGCCCUGCCAAGCUGUGUGCUGGAAGAGCCGCUGAUGACGCUGCCGUCUGGUCUUACCAUGUACUCCGCCCUCCUCCAGGAUGGCAAGCAUGCCUCCGUCUUUGUGCAUAAGCAAGACAAUGAAGAUAAAGUCAAUAAAGCUGCCAAGCACUUGAUGACAUUAAGGCAUCCAUGUCUUCUUCGCUUCCUGUCAUGCUCAGUGCAGGGUCACGGUAUACAUUUAGUGACAGAGCCAGUUGAACCAUUAAAACGGCUGCUUGACAAUCUUACUCCGGAGGAGAUCUGCGCAGGCCUCUACGACCUGCUGCAAGCGCUAGUUUUUCUACAUGAUAGGGGCAAAUCAAGUCACAACAAUGUGUGCAUAUCCUCAGUGUUUGUCAGUGAAGAUGGCCAUUGGAAGCUUGGGGGGAUGGAAACCGUCUGCAAGUUUUCAGAGGCAACACCAGAGUUUCUCAGAAGUAUCCAGAAUGUAAGGGAAAAUGGUGCCAUUCCUCCCGAGGAAAUGCUUGAAGGAUUCAAAGUUCUUCCCGACAAGCAUGCCCACUCCCGAGACGCUUUUUCAUUCGGGGUGAUGGUGGAGGCUUUUCUUCCACUCCUGACGGGACACGUCUCAGAUGAUUUGUUGGAGAGUCUAAAGAACAUGCUGCAGGCCAGCCUAUUGACCCCUGACCCCAUGUCUCGCCCAUCACUCAGCAUUUUGCUGACUCACACUUUCUUCAGAAAUGACUUCUUGGAUAUCAUGAAUUUUCUGAAGAGUUUGACUCUGAAAAAUGAGGAGGAGAAGAAUGAAUUCUUCAAGUUUCUCUUGGACCGAGUUCAGAACCUCCCAGAGAUGUUAAUUGCUACACGUCUGGCUCCUAAACUGCUCAAUUCUUUAGUGUUUGCUGAGCCCAUGGCUGUGAAAAGCUUUCUUCCUCACCUCCUACGGCCUAAGCAAGACUCGAGUGUGAGUGCUGGAGAGGAGUGUCUUCUGUCUUUGUCUUUGUAUCGGAGAUACGUGGUUCCUCAGCUCCUCAAGCUCUAUAGGAUGAAUGAGGAACACGUCAGGAUUGUGCUUCUCUCCCACAUUCACAUCUAUGCAGAGUUUUUUCCUCAUGAAGAACUCAAAAAACAGAUUCUUCCUCAGGUUUUGCUGGGAAUGAGGGAUACAAAUGACUCACUCGUCGCUCUGACACUACAGAGCUUGGCUGUGCUUGUCCCGUUGCUGGGUGCCCAAGUGGUUGUUGGUGGGGAGAGGACAAAAGUUUUUAAACGGACUACGCCAAACUUCCCCAAGUCCACAGAGGUCACCCCAGAGACAUCGCCUGUGCAUAUUGUUGGGCCAUUGCAUCCCUAUAUCUCACAACCACCAAAAGUUCUGAAUGUGUUCCCUAAGGGCUCAGAGGACAAAAAGGUUGUUACAGAAAAUGUGUACUCCUUCCAAGCAACUGAAAAAAACACUACCCAGCGCACCAUUGCAGAGAGAGCAGCAUUGAGCAGCGAGAUGUCAUUCCCUUUGAAUGGGUACAAAAUUGGCACACAGGCUGUGGACUGCAUGAAAAGUAACGGAGCGGUGAGAUCCGACGAAGACUGGCCUAACUGGAGUGACACAGAGGAGGCAGAGAAAGACAAGAGCCAAUCAGUCCAGAUCAGCAUUCGGUCGGCAGACAUCCCAGAUCAGAGCAACUCUGCUAUGCCAGCUGACAAUGAGGAUGAGAGCAAGGAACCCUGGGAUGAUUUCGAGGACUCAGAAGUGAGCUCAGGACAAUCACCUUCCACUGCUUUACCAGUCUUUGUACCAAAGACAUCAACAAAAAGCAGUGCGUCAUCUCCCCCGAAGCAAUCAAAAGCACUCAAACUGAACCUUAGUGUUAAAAGUGUUCCAGAUCAUAACCAUACCUCAUCAUGGGACACCAGCUGGGACCAGGGAACUGACACCCUCAAAACAAGCUUGGCAUUGGAGCCCAAGCCAAAAAGCACAAUCAAAAGCCCUGAAGCUGGAAGUCUCGGGGAGGAGUUCACAAUUGCGGUGAAGAAGAAGCCAGAGAAAGAUCCAGAACUAGAUUUUUUUGCAGACAUGGUCCCAGAUAUAAAGCUGUCUUCCUCAUCUUUUCUGCUCCCUGUGGAGAGCUCGGCUAGUGAACCCAUCACGGGACACACAACAUUAGACCCAUCGAUAGAUAGACUAAGCCUCACUGCCAAGUUUGCUGCAGCUGACUUGACUGAAACAGAGGCAGAAGGGUGGGGUGAUGACCUCAACUGGGAAGAUGAGAACACAUGGUGAUCAGCUUGGUCCUUUACACAAAGCCAUAUGAGAGAUUCCCAUACAAAAACAGUUACAUAUUCCAUCAUGACAUUGUCACUAAAGACCAACCUUGACCACAACUUGACAUAAAAAUGUAGUAAUUGAGAACUAUAAUUUAAGAGAGUAGUGUGUAUUUUCAGAUUCCCCCACCCAGUCCAAUAUGCUAAUCAUUCUAUUGUCACCAUAGAAAUUGUUUGGCUACUGAAAAAGGUUCUGUGCCGUUUAGUUUUUUCAAGAUAGCAUGACGGACCGAAAUAUGCCAAAUUCUAUUAGGAAUCCUUUAGUUAUGUUGCACAGAAAAGGGGUACAUAACGUGAAAAUCCAUUACUUCUAAUGUUGGUUUUAUUUGUGCCAUACAGCUUUUUUUUAUGUUCGAUGAGCCUUAGAGGACAGACAGCCUCAACUUGAGAAAAAAUAUAUAGACUCUAACUUGUUCACUAGAUUUGGGUGAGAGCCUGACAUAAUUUAUUUGUAUUAUCAGCUGCUGAUUAAAUAAAAUGGUUUUAUGGUAUUUGA